AUGUACAAGGGUCACAAUGGCUGUGGCAUUUUGGCGUUCUAUGCUAGUGAUGACUCGCUGCUUGGAGGACAAAGUAGAGAGCUCCGGAUCUUGUACUACACCAAGGAUGGCUAUCAUAUAUACUGGAGUGCAACCCAGUACAAUGUUGUGUUGUUUGAUACCAAGGUGGAGAAAUUCAGUUGGAUUGGUAGCCCAUUUGAUGGUAUCGAGCAUGAUCUUUGGAGACCAAUUCAGCUACUGAAUUUCCAGCAGGAAGGGCUGGCCAUGGCCACUGGUGCGUCAGAUCACCAAUCGUGGCUAGAUGGUCCUAUACAACUGUGGGUUUAUGACAAGUCCUGGUCGCUUAAGCAAACUAUUGCACCACCCAUGGCAAGCCUGAUCUAUGGCCCCGAUAAUUAUGAUGAUGAAAGCAUACCUCGAACGGAUUCUAUAGAAGGAACCGAAGACAAUUCAGAGGAUGAUAACAAUAAUGAUAGUGAGAGUGGAGGUGAUGGUUAUGACGACGACGACGGUGAUGAUUCCUCAGGAGGCGAGGACGAGUACGAGGACAAUGCAGAAGAUGAGGAUGAUGAUGAUGAUGAUCAGCUCAGCUCUGAGGAUUCAAGCAGUGAUAAUGACAGCAAAGAUGGCAGUGACUGUGAGGAUCAGCCACCUGCCAAGAGGCAGAAAUGA